AUGCGAUAUAAAAUUGAAUUAGAAACACGUGAGUUUGUCGACAUUUUUCAACAUCGUCUUGAUUAUAUUUCAACAUUGAAUACGGACAAUUUACAACAAUUAAAUGCUGUUAAACAACAAAAUUUACUUCUAUUACGAACAUUAAAUUCCAUUAAAUUAUAUAAACAACAACAGCAGCAAAAUGUAGCAAUACCUCCAUUUAAACAAUGUAAUGAUACAAACACCACAGUGCAACAAUCGGAAUUAAAUGUUAUUGAAACUGGUUUUCGUUUACCAUCGGGUUUGAGUUAUCUAAAACAUCUACAUGGAAAAACAAAUUUAUUAUCGCCACAAUUUCAGCGUACAUCAAAUUCAAAGAGGCAAACUGUAUAUUCAAAUUAUACGAUUGUUAUUGGUAUGCCAACAGUAAAACGCGAAAAACAAUCGUAUUUAAUUAAAACAAUACAAUCAUUGAUUGAUAAUUUGAAUAAAAACGAACUACAGCGAAUAUUAAUCGUUUGUCUCAUUGGUGAACCGUACAAUAUUGAAUAUGUUCUAGCAACGUCACAAGAAAUUGAAAAAUUAUAUGCUGAACAUAUUGAAAAUGGUCUACUCGAAAUUGUUGCACCGCCGUCAGAAUAUUAUCCAGAUUUGAACAAUUUGAAGUUAACAUUAAACGACAAUUAUGAAAGAGUCAAAUGGAGAACAAAGCAAAAUUAUGAUUUCAGUUAUUUAAUGAUGUACAGUCUUUCGAGAGGAAAAUAUUAUAUGCAAUUAGAAGAUGACGUUAUCACCAAACCAGAUUAUAUUAAAACAAUUGAAACAUUUAUUAAACAACAACAUAGACAAGAUUGGUUUCUCUUAGAAUUUUCAAGUUUAGGAUUUAUUGGAAAAUUAGUCCAUACGUCUGAUUUAGAUGCACUUAUUAAUUUUUUUCUACUAUUUGCUACUGAUAAACCGAUUGAUUGGCUUGUCGAUUAUUAUAUGGAUACAAAAUAUUGUCAUUUUGAAGCAGAUAAAAAAUCGUGUACGAGAACAAAGUCAUUAUAUCGUAUACGUUUUAAACCAUCAUUAUUUCAACAUUUUGGCGUAUUUUCAUCAUUAAAAGGAAAAAUUCAAAUAUUACAAGAUAAAGAUUUUGGAAAAAAGUUAAAAUUAUUUUUAGCAAAUGUGAAUCCGCCAACGGUUUCAUUAAAAACAACAUUGAAACAAUCCAAGAAAUAUUCAUUGAUAGGUGCUUACACUGGACAAAAUUUUUUUUGGGCUUCGUAUCCGAAAGCUAAUGAUAUUGUUGAGUUUACGUAUGAUCCGCCUUUAUCAAUAGAAAGAUUAUAUUUCGAAUCGGGUAAUCCUAGACAUCCGGAUGACCGCUUUUUUAACACAACCGUUGAUGUACGACCGUCCGUAUUGCCGAAAGACAAAAACAUUACUUAUAAAUAUGCUGGUCAAGGGUUUUAUACAGUUGCAAAUUUUUCACAUGUAACUGGAAUUGCCGAAGCAACAAUAGAAAAAUCAAUCAAUCCUAUAUCCACAAUCUUAAUUAAACCAACAAAUAAUGUUUCUAAAUAA